AUGGGUCGCUACGCGAAGGAACCUGAUAAUGCUUCUAAAUCUUGUAAAUCUCGUGGUUCGAACCUUCGAGUACAUUUCAAGAACACCCGCGAAACAGCACUAGCGAUUAAGCGCAUGCCGCUGCGUCGCGCCCAGCGUUUCCUGAAAAACGUUUGCGACAAGAAGGAGUGUGUUCCGUUCCGUCGUUUCAACGGUGGUGUGGGUCGUUGCGCCCAGGCUAAGCACUGGGGUACCUCCGUCGGUCGCUGGCCGAAGAAAUCGGCUGAGUUCUUGCUGCAGCUGCUCAAGAAUGCCGAGGCUAAUGCAGACUACAAGGGUUUGGAUGUCGACCGUCUAGUGAUCGAUCACAUUCAGGUUAACCGUGCCCCGUGCCUACGGCGCCGCACGUACCGUGCCCACGGUCGCAUUAAUCCGUACAUGUCGUCACCGUGCCACAUUGAGCUGUCGCUUACGGAGAAAGAAGAUGUGGUCACCAAGGCCGCCGACAACGGAGAGCCAGCGAAGAAGAAGCUGUCGAAGAAAAAGAUGCAGCGGCAAAAGGAGAAAAUGAUGCGCAACGAGUAAUGAUAGUGAAGAGUGUUUUACUAUUGUAUCGUUGUGUAAAUUGUUCAUUUUAAGGUGGUGAAUAAAACCGUCACCCGCGAAGGAAAGUGCAAACAGGCGGAGAAAAAUGCAA